AUGUUGCGGCACGGGCCUGGUCUACACAAACGGAAGCCUCAGACGGCCGAUGGCAAUGGCAUUAGCGACCUGCCGUCCAGCAUCGGCAAUCCCACCGCAACACUACCACAGUCGAUAGCACUCACCAACAUCACUCCUGACCCUUCAGCUACCGCUCCGAUCGUGACAGCUUCAGCUCCGUCCGGACUCACCACCAUAACAGAGACCGACACUCUAGUCCAGUCCAUCACCAGCCUCAACACCGUCUCAACCAUCACCACCGAAAGAGUGCGAACCAUCACUGACUCUUCCGAAUAUGCCUCCCUCACCUCGGCCGCCGCCCUUUCCACUUCGACCAAGGUGCGACCGACGACGUCCAAAGCUUCAGCUUCGGCGACCACGAGCGCAGCCGCCGCCAAAUCCGCCACCAAUCUCAGUACCCUCAUCCCUGCGAUUGUCGUUCCACUGGUGGUCGUUCUGCUGGCAUCGCUCUGUGCUUUCUGGUUCUUUAUGCGUCGGAGACACCGGAGAGAGCUAGCGAGCCAACCGGAAUUUGUCAUGACUGGGAAAGGAGAAAAACUGAGCAGUCGGUCGAACAGUGGUAGAUCAACUACAUCAAACACUCAGUCAGGAGCCGAGAAGCCCUCGCCGUUCGUCACACAGAAGGAACUGCCCGCCAUUCAAUCCCCUCCGAGCACCAAUUCUGAGUGGCCAUCAGCACAGAUUGGGGUUGCCCAACCAUUCACCCCACAAGAGACGACAACUCGUCGGCCAUACAACCCGCCCUUUAGCAGUCAACCACGAGAACCUCGCCAGUACAGAAAUUUCAGUGGACCUGGGCCUGGACCGGGACCAAGACCUGCCACAUCAGGACGAGCUGUUCCACCCCCGUCAAACCGAGGAGAUGCAACGUCGUCGCCAUAUCGAAACCGCAGCAACAGCACGCCUGGCCAGGGAGGGCUGCCACCAUUGCGGACAGAUUCUCUCGAAACACCAAGAACGGCUCCUAGCCCAGUGCCGAGAAGCGGGCCUGCCAGAUCUCCCAUGGGGUUACCAGGCAAUCCGAAUCCGAACCCGAACCCGCGCCCGAAUCCUAAUACAACGCAUCCAAACCCUAGUGCGGCGUUCCGGUUCCGUGAUCCAUCUCCUAGCAUGAACCACAAUGCUCGAUCCCAAGCGCCUGGUCGUCUCGCGGCGCCUGUGCCGGGAGCUUACAAUGGCGCUUCGUCCAUCUCUCAAUACUCUCCUAUCGUCAAAACAACCCCUAUUAAUUCCAGAGGACCGGGAGUGAAACGAGGACCGCCACCAGCCAUCAACACAUCAUCAAGCCUUUCAAAUAACAAAACGGGCAAACCACUGCCACCGCUAAAUUCCGCCAGUCCCCAGGGCAAUGUUCUGACAGAAGAAAACGUUCGAAUCGCCAAACUGGCCAACUCGUCUAGUUUGGCCUACACUCCUGCCGAGCCCAGCCCAUCGCCCAAGUUACCCCCUCCUGCAACCCGGUCACAAUUGAUCCCUCGCGACAGUCUCCAAGAGGACAAGGACAAUUUCUUUGGCGGUAGCAUUGGUGGAAGUGAGCAGGGUCGAGGACAGACGCCGAAUUCUCAGCCAGGCCCGUAUUGGGUGUCGUCCAAUCGGGCCAGCAUUGUGUCAGAAGCCGAUGAUUAUGAGGACAUUGAAGCCAAGUCGGACGUCAGCAGCUUGAACGAGUUUGAACGCUUCGACUUUGGCCCUGACGUCGAUAGUCGAACUGGCAGUGCCGCUGGUGCAUCGUUGAAUUACUUUGCCUCGCAGAACCACUCCAGGAACGGCGGCGGCGGUAGUGGUAGCGGUAGCGGAUCUCCGUUCGGGAAUGCCAUGCAUGAACGAUGGUGA